UUUCUAUUCUUUCUUUCUCAUUGAAUGGUUCGUUGCGAAAGAAAAUACGAUUGUUAUAGUUAAAACAAGUUACGAUUUUUAUUUAGAAAUAACGCAAAUUCAUAACCUACUUCUAAAUGAAACAAAUUCAUUUUUAGAGCUGCAAAUAUAACGUUGUAUAGAAUUCGAAAUUAAUUGCUUUUUAUUUUCUCUAGAGAGAUAUAUAAAUAAUGAAAGAUGUUUGUACGUAUUUGCAAUGCUAACGUUACUGCCAUUACCACAGUUCGAACAUUAAAAGUUAACUGUUCUUUCGAAACGCGAUUCCGGUAUACGUGGUAUCUUGUCUGCAGAAAGUAUUUGCAACUGUUGUAUAUGCAAAAGGCGCACAUUGCAUACUGAUAUAUGAUGUACAAUUGUACGUAAAAGACGCGUGAAGGGAAGAUGCCAAUUCAUGAGGGUAAAGAAUAUACAGCUUCCUUAAUAGAUCCAAAGAAACGUGGGUUGUUUUAUUUGAUUUAAAGGUAUUUUAUUUUUAUAGACUUAGAAAUAUCAUUGAACGUUAUGUGUACCGUUUGUUGAUAAUUUUUUGCUAUUCACUGAGUAGUUUCAUGAUUGCAUUAGCGAAAAAAUCAUCUUUCUUGUUCACGUAAAAAUAUUUUAUACAAAUAUUUACAAUCGAAUAGUAAAAAAUGGAGCAAAUUCUUGAUGAAUGUCGAGUAUCUUUUAUCCGUGUACUGUGCGUCCGUUAGUUUCGUCUUAUUGUUAGCAGUAGGAAGAUUGUACGCAAACUCGUGUAAUCUGUUAACUGGAUUCCUUAAUCAAAAACUUCUAUAAUUACGAAAUUCGCGAUUAACGAAGGCAAAUCAAGUUGUGUUAAUUUUAAUUCUUGCAAACGUUGAUACAACGCGACUUAUUUUCGAGAAAAAUAAUACAGCACGUAAAAAAAUAAAGAAUCUCUAUAAAAUAAAAAAUUAUUAUGUUUAAGAAAGUGACAGUUCAAACGACGAAUUAACUCGUCUUCUCGCCUCUAAUAUUGAAAAUUGAACUAAUUCGAUAAUUCUGGUUACAGAAGAGACGAUGCUGCGAAUAUAUUUACUUUUAAUUAUUGCAAGUGCUGCAAUAGCACAAGUACCAUUUUUGGGCUCGUGUCCUACCGUGGAAACCAUACAGAAUUUCGAUAUGGAAAGGUACUUGGGCAAAUGGUACGAGAUCGAGAAGUACUUUGCAUUCUUCGAGUUUGGUGGAAAAUGCGUAACUGCUACUUACAAUAUAACAGACGAUAGUAACUCGAUCAACAUUUUGAAUAAGCAGAUAUCCGCUUUGACUGGAGUUUCUUCGAGUAUCGAAGGAGUUGGAAAACCUGUUCUUAAAGUGGAAGACGCAAAAUUAACUGUUUCGUUCCCAAGUAUGCCUCUUCCAUUAGAUGCACCUUAUUGGAUUCUCGAUACCGAUUAUACAACCUACUCUGUUGUAUGGAGUUGUUCAAAUUUCGGCGUGUUCAGUACAAGGAAUGUUUGGAUCAUGGCAAGAGAACCAAAGCCAUUGGUUUCUGUUUUAGAGAAAGCUUAUCAAAUAUUGGAUAAAAAUAAUAUUAGUAGAGCAUAUUUUAUUCGAACUGAUCAGAAAAACUGUCCUAUAGGAAACUAAAAAAUAUUGUACUAAAUAUCAAAACACAUUUGUUUAAAUAACAUAGUUUUAUUUCAUUGCAGAAUAAGUUGUGACGUUCCUUCGAAAUAAAUAGGUUUCGAAGAGUACCAAUUAUAAAUUAUGAUAAUUAUAAAUUAUGACUGUGUGUGCUCAAUUUAAUCCGUGAUAAUUUAGUUAUUGAUCUUUAGCUGUUGCGUUUGUGUCGAGUAGCGCGAUAUGAUAUACGUACAUGACUCACAUUAUCGAACGUCGAUAAAGAAAAUUGGUAAUUGAAUACUUUUAAUUUUAAUAUACUCUUCUUUCUACAGUCGAAUAGUUUUUAUUAUUUUUGAUCUCUUAUUAUUAUGAUUUAAUUUUGCUGUAAAAUUCACGAUACCGAAACUGUCGAACAAUUUUAAAUCCGCAGCUAUCCGUUUAGAUAAUUAAAACGUGCUAAAAUUUCUAUCCAUAUUAAAAAUUAAAGAACAUUAUUUAUUUAAUAUUGUUGUAUUUUAGAAUAAUGCAUUGUUAUAUUUAUUGUAUUUAUUUAUCUAUUUAUGUUAUAUUAAACGUAAUGGCGUAAAAUAUGAUAAACUAAGAAAUGUACUAAAGUGUAUGAUAAUAAAGCACUUUCAUAUAUAAUAGAACUUGUUUUAUAACCGUAAAUAUUAUACAAUUACUCAAAGCAUUGACACAUAGAAUAUCAUCAGAACUAUAAAGUA